CCUUCAUCCAACAAACACGCUGAGUCAGAUUUGUCGCGAUCAUUUUGGAAUAUAUAAUCCCAAAGCAUCUGAUUCCACUACUAAAGCUGAUGAUUCUUAUAAUAUAUUUUUUAUUAAAAAAUAAAAAAACGCAGGAAGUGGCCUACAUUGAAUGCACAAAAUAUUGUUUCCACACAGUACAAAGAUAGAUUGCACAAUCGUCUUUGUGCCUGCUUGGAUUCCACCACUAAUCGAACGAAGCUGCCUGGCACUUUCCUUCUCACCUUGCACUGUCACCACACGACCCACUCCAACCACCACCUUCUUCCCUGAAUCAUCACCAUUUUCCUUCCCAGCUUCAAGCAGCCAAACGGAAGACACCAACCAGCUACUGCGAUUCUUGCGGACAACUUGACUCCAUGCAUGUUGCUGCUCAACCUUUCAUCACUAACGGGCAUGCCACAAUCCAGCAGUAGCAUCUGGUUGGUCAGGUCGGCGAUGUCCAUGCUGAUUCCUGCCUAGCCAUUGACCAAUAAUACAUCCUGUUGUUGCAACGCCUCUCCGCUUCCGGCCAUUGCUCAGCUCAUCGGACUCAGAAAAAAAACAAAGUUCUCAAUCAUGGCCGGUGUACUAGAUGCUUUGGCGUCCUACAUCCAAAACAUGCUCCUGCAGAUGGCGGCAGAAGAGGUGCAUAUGUUGCUUGGGGUGUCCGGUGAGAUUGAUAACAUGGACAUCAAGCUUCGGGAUCUGAAGAACAUCCUUGCUGAUGCUGAUAGGAGGAACAUCACUGACAAAAGUGUCCAAGCAUGGGGGAUAGAGCUAAGGAAUGCUAUGUAUGAUGCCACUGACAUCCUAGACCUUUGCCAGCUCAAGGCCAUGGAGCGAGGCAAAAGGCAAGAUGUUGGAUGCUUCAACCCGUUGCUCUUCUGCAUGCGGAAUCCCCUACAUGCCCACGACAUUGGAAGCCGCAUCAAGAACCUUAACAAGAAGCUAGACGAUAUCAAGGCACGUGGUGCAUCAUUCAACUUCCUGAACCUUAGUACUUAUGAGGAUCAUGGAAGAAACAUGGUAUCAUAUGGUUCAGCUACCCGUGAGACAUCAGCGGGGCUUGUUGAGUCUGGUUUGGUUGGUGAGAAGAUCGAAGAGGACACAACAAAUCUAGUGGAGAUGCUAACAAAGAAGUAUUCUACCAACGACAACAAUUCAAACAAAAUAAUGGUUUUCUCUAUUGUGGGAGCUGGUGGGAUUGGUAAAACCACCCUUGCUCAAAAGAUCUUCAACAAUGAAGUCAUAAAGGAUGAGUUCAAAAAGAAAAUAUGGUUGAGUGUCAACCAAGGCUUUGAUGAUAUUGAAAUGUUAAGGAGGGUUAUUAUCGAAGCUGGUGGAAACCACCAUGAUUGUGGAAAUGCAAAGGUGUCCUUAGAACACAAUCUAAUAGAAGCUUUGAAGGGACAGAAAACCUUAUUAAUAAUGGAUGAUGUCUGGGACAGCCGUAUAUGGGAAGCCGUGCUUAGAACUCCCUUUGUCAAUGCCAUGCUAGCUGAAGGUAGCCGUGUGCUGGUCACCACAAGGCAUGACACAGUGGCACGUCAGAUGAAGGCGGAGGAGCCCUACCAUCGUAUUGACAGACUUGGGCUUGAAGAUGCAUGGAUGCUGCUCAAGAAGCAGGCUGUCAGAGAUGUGAAUGAUGAGCCGCAGGUUGAAAAUUUAAAGGAUAUUGGCUUGAUACUUGUAAAAAAAUGUGAUGGUUUACCUCUUGGGAUCAAAGUAAUGGGAGGUCUCCUGAGUCGGAAAAGGAUAACACGAACCGACUGGCAAAAGGUCUUAGAUGAUUCUCUAUGGUCAGUAUCACAAAUGCCUCAAGAGCUAAAUUAUGCAGUAUAUCUUAGCUAUGAAGAUCUAGACCCUUGUUUGAAGCCUUGCUUUUUGCACUACUCCCUCCUCCCUAGGGGUACAGUUUUUUUUGUUUAUGAAAUUGUUGGAAUGUGGAUUGGUGAAGGAUUUGUUCAUGGAACAUUACGUGACGACCUAGAAGAAAUAGGAAGGGAAUAUUAUAAUGAGUUAAUACAGCGGAACCUUAUUGAGCCAGAUAUGAUGUUUAUUGAUCAAAGUGUUUGCAACAUGCAUGAUGUUGUCCGGUCAUUUGCUCAGAACAUGUUCCGAGAUGAAGCACUCAUAACUCACAAUAGUAGAAUUGGGAUUGACAAGCUUAAAGCACAAAAGUUUAUUCGGUUAUCUCUCGAAAGCAAACAAUCGGAACAACCUGAUUUGGAGUGGUGUUCUCUACAAACACAAAUGUCACUGAGAACAAUGCUUUUAUUUGGUAAUAUAAAGAUUCAACCAAGUGAUUCAUUUCGUUCUUUUUCAAGUCUUCGAACACUACACUUGGGCAGUGUAAAUAUUGUUGCAAUACCCGAAUCUUUGUAUCAGCUGAAACAUCUGAGGUACCUGUCAAUACAAAAAAGUAAUAUAUCUAAGUUAUCAGAAGACAUUGGAAAGUUGAAAUUCUUGCAGUACAUUAGCCUUUCCGAUUGUCAGAGUUUGACCAAGCUUCCCAGUAGCAUUGGACUGCUACAUGACUUGAGGUUUCUCAGUCUUCUCAGAACAAAUAUAAGUGUUGUACCAAGGGAUUUUUGUGGUCUAACUUCUUUGAGGAAAUUAUAUGGAUUUCCAGCCCACAUGGACUGUGAUCACUGUAGUUUGGAGGAACUAGGGCCUCUCUGCCAGCUGACAGAACUUUAUAUCAGUUUCUUGGAGAAUGUAGCUUCUUCCUCAUCUGCUAUACAGGCCAAACUUGGUGGAAAGAAGCGCCUAAGGUAUCUUUCACUGGGUUGCACCAGUAGAAAGGAAGAAGAGAUCUCUGAGAAAGCCAAGAGACAAAUCGAGGAGGUCUUUGAUGAGCUCUGCCCUCCGCUUGGCUUAGAAAACCUUAACAUUGAAGGGUAUUUCGGUGAGCGGCUCCUAAGAUGGAUGAUGCCAGCACCAACAGUUAUGCCGCUCAGGAGCUUGAGGAUUAUAACGAUGGACAACUUGGCCUGCUGCACAGAGCUUCCUAGUGGCUUGAGUCAGCUCCCCUGCUUGGAGCUUCUGCAGAUUCGUCGUGCCCCAGCCAUCAAGUGUGUUGGGCAUGAAUGGCUACAACCAAACAAUCAAGUAGGUGUUGCGUUUCCCAGACUGCAGAAGCUGCGUUUUGAAGGAAUGGUCGAAUGGGAGGAAUGGGUGUGGGAGGAACAAGUGAAAGGCAUGCCUAUCUUGGAGGAGCUUACACUGAAAAUGUGCAAGUUGAGGCGUAUGCCACCUGGCCUGGCCUUCCAUGCAAAGACUUUGAAGAAGUUAUGUGUAUAUGAUGUGAAGCAUCUAAGCUCUUUGGAGAACUUUGCUUCUGUGGUCCACCUCGAUGUGUUUAGAAACACUCACCUGGAGAGGAUCAGUAAUCUACCAAAACUGCAGAAGCUCGUCAUCGUCAUGUGCCCAAAGCUGAAGGUAGUGGACGGCAUGCCUGCACUCCAGAGACUCGAAUUGGAGGAUUAUGACAUGGAAACAGUCCCCAGGUAUCUGCAGGGUGUAAACCCAAGGCAUUUGCUGCUGGAUUGUUCCAUAUGGCUGCUCACAUGCAUAGCAGCAGGGAAAUCCGGUCCUGAGUGGCACAAGUUUAGCGACAUCCAGCAAGUCAAAGCCUAUGCAAAUGAAGAAGGCUGUCCAAGGAAGUGGUAUGUGCUAUACACAAGGAACCCUUUCCGCUUCGAGACAAAUAUCAGCCGCUCUGCUAUUGCCCAAGGCCGCAUGGCACGUGCUUGGUUUCCUUACUCCGAAACAUGUCCCGUUGAAGGCGAGUGGCCAUUAGAACAAGAACAACACAGGCAUGUUGACAAGAGUGUGCCACUCUGCUUACGGUUCAGGAGCCAUGCGUACCGUCAUUUGGCUGACUGGUUGCGUCAAGCCUGCCUGCACUGCUGUGAAGCCGACGAGGUGGCUUCCACGACGGAUCAGUGGAUUGAAGCAGGGAGGGGUGCGGCAUACAGAUACUAUGAGACCACAUAUGGGAAGCUUGAGCGACUGAAAUAAAGAUCAAGAGUGUAAUGUAAUAUGUGAAUAAACAUUUGUUUUGUUGCAGUUUAUGUGCUGCUUUUGGGCCAUACACGUCUGAAGAACAGAAACGUUCCAGACCUGCACGGUUGUACGUACAAAACAAGACGUACUCUGUUUUCCAAGUUAAAUAGUCUGUACUCUACUUUCCUUGCAAUAACAUUUUGCGGUAUCCUUUACCCAUUCCCUGCA